UUACUUUGAGCAUCAUAAUUAAUUGUUGUUGCGGCAUGGGUCGUAUGACGCUUGCUUUCUCUGUAUUGGCCAAGAUUUUCAGGAUGGAUUACCAACCUAAUACGGUAACAUUAACAACAAUCCUGAAAGGUCUCUGUCUCUGUGGUAAUGUUGAAAAAGCAGUGCGCUUUCAUGACAGAGUGCUGGCUCAUGGAUUUCACUUUAAUCAAGUCACUUAUGGGAUCUUGAUUAAUGGUCUCUGUAAGACCGGACACACAUCUGCUGCAAUUCAAGUGUUGAGAAAGAUCCCACGGUAUGGCAUUGUUCCUGAUGUCUUCAUGUACAGCGCAAUUAUUGAUAGCCUCUGCAAGGAUACACUUGUAAGUCAGGCUUUUCAUUUAUUCUCUGAAAUGCUUUCUAAGGGAAUUUCUCCCGAUGUUACCACAUACAGUCCUCUCAUUUUUGGAUUGUGUCUUGUGGGUCAAUAUAAGGAAGCCGUUGAUUUACUAAGUCAUAUGAUGCUUAAAAACAUUACUCCUAAUGUUUAUACCUAUAGUACUUUGAUCGAUGGACUAUGCAAGGAAGGAAAGAUCAAAGAUGCUAAGAAUGUGUUGGCUGUGAUGACAAAACAUGGUGUGAAACCAAAUGUGGUUACUUAUAACAGCUUAAUGGACGGAUAUUGUUUGGUUAAUCAGGUAAAUAAGGCAAAAUACGUAUUCGACACAAUGGCUGAGAGUAGAGCGUUUCCUAAUGUUCGGAGUUACAAUAUCAUGAUUAAUGGCUUUUGUAAGAGUAAAAUGAUCGAUGAUGCCUUGAAUCUCUUCGAAGAGAUGCGUCGCAAGAACUUGGUUCCUGACACGGUAACUUACAGUACUCUAAUUGAUGGCUUGGGAAAAUCAAGGAGAAUAUCUUGUGCCUUGGAGCUUCUUGAAAAGAUGCAGGAUAGAGGUCAACCUGCUGAUAUAGUCACUUACAGUUCUUUACUGGAUGCUUUGUUCAAUAUCAAACAACAUGACAAGGCACUUAUGUUAUUCAAUCAAAUAAAAGAGUGUGGCAUUGAUCCAGAUAUAUAUACAUACACCAUACUUAUAGAUGGCCUGUGCAAAAGUGGAAGACUUCAAAAUGCAAAAGAGAUUUUUCAAGAUCUUUCCAUUAAGGGUUAUCGUCCGGAUGUGAGGACAUACACUAUUAUGAUAAACGGGCUCUGCAAAGAGGGCCUACUUGAUGAAGCAUUGGCCUUAAUGUCUGAAAUGGAAGACCAUGGUUGCUCUCCGAAUGCUGUAACUUAUGAAACAAUUAUUCGUGCUCUGUUGGAAAAAGGUGAAAAUGAUCAAGCGCUGAAACAUCUUCGUGAAAUGAUCUCUAGAGGCUUAUGGAAAAGGCAAGAGGAGAAAUAAAUCAACUCAAAUUAAUAGAUUUUCUGUUGUAACUGGUGGGUUAGUGCUUAAGAUUUGUUGAUAGUAAUUAAGAGCUCAUGAUUGGUCUGGUGAGCAACUGUGCUUUAUUUGACUGAAUCUUCCUAGAAUUCUUCUGAAAGACAUGCAGUGGCAAGAUUAAUGACGUAGAUAUAUGAUUUUCACUGCCAUCUUUGAAACAAAUACAUCUACUAAAUGCAUGGUACCACUUUUCUUUGGUUGACUAUUUCAACAUUUUGUUAUUUUUUAAAAUCUGAUCACAGCUGAAGAAACCUGUAUACUAAGUAUAUGAUUACACUUGAUGUUUCAAAAAAAAAAAAGGCUGUGCAAGAAGGAAUUUCUAGGAAUUUGGCUAAUAUGGUUCAAAUGUGAAUUAUCUUAAAACCUUUGUUCAUUUUCAUAAUUGAUGUUACUGAGCUGUAAUUCUUAGAAAUCAAUUGAAAAUAUGUUCAUUAUGUUGAUUUUCAUAAUUAAUGUUACUUAGUUGUAAUUAAUGGUAUCUCAAAACCUUUGUUCAUUUUCAUAAUAAUGUUACUCAGCAGUUGAUGCUUAGUUGAAUUAUUUAAUUAUUUCUCGUUGCAAAAUCCUAUAUAUGGAUUAUUAUAUUCUUGUUUAAAAUCAUGAUGAAAAGGUUUUAUUAUUAAAACAUGGUUUGAAGUUUUGUUGUCUGUUAUUAGCUACACCUGUCAUAAAAGAUUUGGGGAUUCUAAUUCCAAGUAUAAUCGUUUCUUCACCUGUUUCUUUGGUUUUUUUAAAUCUUCUCUGAAGUGAUGACUGGGGUUAGAAUAAAGAAUUAAAAGUGAAACAAUGUUGUACAGUUUGAAAUUGCAUUUGUUCUUGAAGAAUAUCUUUGAAUGUUAGUACAAUUUCUUUUGGGAUCAAAAGUUGAACUAUUAUAUAGCCUUACUGCUUAAGUGCUGAUUAAGUAUUUUGCAUUGGUGGUUGAGUAUUUUGGAUUCUUGACAUGGAUUUCAUCUUUGUUCCAUGCUUUCUGAUUGCUAGGUGCACUCAAGCAUGUUAAGUUGCAGCAUGGCAAAGACAAUAUUGAAGUUCUCUAGAAUUUUCCUUUAUACUUGGAUUUCAGUUUGCCCCUUUGAAAUCAUUGCGAGACACUUGAUUUAAUAUUUUCUCAGCUUAUUUGAUUUCUUGUUGAACCCGCCAUUGGAUUGUAUGCUUCAAAAUCAGUUUUAAAUGGAAGUGAAUAAUAGCUACUUUCACAAAAAUCACUCUUCAGACUGCACUAAUAAACAUAAAAUAAAUUGAUCUCAAACUAGAUAGAAUAUGGUUGAUGCUGCUAUAAACUUUGAGGAAUCAAUCUUAGCAUUAUAAUGAAAUUAGGUUCUUCAUGUACUAUUUAUUGUGUGGGGGUAAAGUAUUAUUUUAGUCCCCAACGUUUGGGCUAAGUCGUAAUUUGGUCCCUAAUAUUUCAAACGUCAUAUUUCAGUCCCUAACAUACACUGUUAUGAUCAAAGGGCUCUGCAAAGAGGGCUUGUUUGAAGAAGCAUUGGCGCUGUUGUUGGAAAUGGAAGACAAUGGUUGCUUACCAAAUAUUGUUACUUUUGAAACUGUUAUUCCUGCUUUGUUUGAAAAAGAUGAGAAUGACAUGGCAAAGAAACUUCUUUAGGAAAUGAUUGCUAGAGGCUUAUUGGAUGGUAUGAAGAAGCAUUGGCAUUCUUGUCAAAAAUGGAAGACAAUGAUAAAACAGAGAAACCUUGUGGUGAAAAGAUAUCUAGAGGCCUACUGCAAGGAAAAAAGUAGUUGCAUAUGUAAAGCUUUGCCUGAGGCAUAUUGUACAAAUGCGAUUAACUUGGACAAAACAAGAUCAUUAGUUUUCUUGUCAUAUAGAAUUUUCAACGUGCCAUAGUACAGUUACUUGAACCAACCAACAAAAUGGCAUCCUCGGCUGCAGAAAGAUUGAGGAAGCUAUUGCACUGGAUAUAUGUUUCCGUACAAAAUAUUUGAGGGAUGGACUAAUUGUAAUUAGAAAAAGUCUAGAAACCAACUACAAUAUAAGCCAACUCAAUCAGUCUCCUUUUAUUUUCAAUUUUGAAAUUUAAAAAAUUAGGGUAGUGGGGGGUUGGCUUACAUUUUGUGUGUAAUUAACCUAUUUUUCAACUAGUUGGCUCCAAUUCA